GUUAAAUUUUCUUAGAAACAAACCAAACAAUGAAAAACUUUCCCUUCUUCGUGUGCAAAUUUGCAGUCGGCUGAGUCCAGUGGAAUCUGUACUGAGAGAUGGCAAAUCAGCUUUACGGCUAUAACCCUAGUGGCACCGCCGGAAUAGUAGCCGGCAAUACGAGAUCCAUGGAAGAUUAUCUCUCUACGGAGAAGACAUUGCUGAGUUCUUCAACUUAUUUUGGUUCUACGGGCUAUUCCAGUUAUCAGACUGAUACUUACACUCCUACUGCGAGUAGGAUUCCAGGUUUUCCUAGUUAUGGACCUCCUGGUGUUGAUGUUACUCAACCUGCUACUGUUGCUGACUCUUAUUUUUCUAGCUUGAAGCGCGCAUCCUCUGACGCACUGUAUCAUCAGGCACUUUUGGGUGCACAUAAUACAAUUGGGCAAGCUGAAGCUUGGUUUUCAGCCAAUCCUUUAGCCAAGCGCCCUAGAUUCGAGAGUGCAAGCAAUUUAUCUAUAUAUCCCCAGAGGCCUGGAGAGAAGGACUGUGCCCAUUAUAUGCAAACACGAACCUGUAAAUUUGGAGAUAGCUGCAAGUUUGACCAUCCUAUUUGGGUUCCGGAGGGAGGAAUCCCGAAUUGGAAAGAGGUUCCAGUUACAACUGAAUCUCUUCCUGAAAGACCUGGAGAGCCUGAUUGUCCAUAUUUUGUGAAGACUCAAAAAUGCAAGUUCGGUAAUAGAUGCAGAUUUAACCAUCCCAAAGAUAACACAGCUCAUUUGUUUCAGGGUUCUGUACAAAAUCCUGGUGUUUCUGACUUGCCUGAGAGACCUUCUGAACAGCAAUGCACGUUCUACAUGAAUACGGGAACGUGUAAAUUUGGUGCUACCUGCAAAUUUCACCAUCCAAGAGAUAUACAAUUUCCAUCUCCAACGCAAGAAAAUUGCUCUGUGGGGAAGCUUGGAUCAGCUAAUUAUGAGAUGACUGAGGAUGUGAAUCUAGUCAAGCCGCUUUCUGUUCCAGCUUUAUUGCACAACUCCAAGGGCCUUCCCAUUAGACCGGGUGAAGUUGAUUGCCCUUUCUACCUAAAAACUGGCAGCUGCAAGUAUGGAGGCACUUGCCGUUACAGCCAUCCUGAAAGAAAUGCAGCUGGUAUUGGCCCUGCCCUUGUAGCCUCUCCUGCAACACAUUGGAACAUUGGAAUGGUUAAUCCAGCUGCCUCUCUCUUGCAAAAUUUUGAUCCAAGACUGACUCAUACAAUGCUUGGGUUGCUUCCACCUGUCUAUCCACAACGACCUGGACAAACUGAAUGCGAUUUCUAUAUGAAAACCGGGGAAUGCAAGUAUGGUGAAAAAUGCAAGUUUCAUCACCCUCUUGAUCGUUCAGCAUCUGCAGUGUCAGAUGUACAGCAGCCAAAUGUUAAGCUUACCCUUGCUGGUUUACCAAGGAGGGAGGGUGCUGUACACUGUCCAUACUACAUGAAGACCGGUAUGUGCAAGUAUGGGGCGUCAUGCAAGUUUGAUCAUCCACCACCUGGAGAGGUCUUGGGUAUGGCCCAAGGGGCAUCGUUGUCUGUUGAGGGAGGCGAUAAUGUUGAUGUGAAUGAAUAACAGCAGUAAGGUUAUAACUUACAACUGAAAGGCCAUUUUCGUAGUCACAUCUUUUUCAAUUACCAUAUUCUGCUACCUCUUUGUAGCAAACUUGUAAAUCAUAUUUUUUCUAGAUGAGCUUUGGACAUUCUUUUAGAGUUGGAACACAGUUUCUCGUCCACACCAAAACGUGAUGGAACAUAUUUUUUUUG